UAUCUCCUCCUCUUUAGUGUAGCGUAAUCCAGCUGAUCAAUAUGGCGGCGAUUUUAAAGAAUUUUUAAAGUUUAACUUAUUUCCCUCAACAGAAUCACACUCUGAGGAAAAGCGUGGAGGAAAAGAACAUUUUAUGCAACUAGAAGGUACAAAGGAAUGGAGCCGGAUGAAGUCUGCCUUUCUGAUGUCCAUGUGUAUGCUGAUAUAAAUGUAGACAUCCCACAAUCUGACAAUGAAUACAAAGUAACCAGAACAAUUUUUGUGUAUGAUGAUCCUAAAGCAAUUACCCACUGUACUGAACAUAAUGAGGAAGAGGAAAACACUGAUGAACAGAUAGAAACUGAUGAAGAUGGUGAUCUGAUUCUCUCUAGGAAAGACACAAAGACAGAAUAUUCUAUUGUUAUAGAGCAUGCCAUGGCAACAAGACUCCGAGAUGUUGGACUACAAGUAUGGUCAGGUGCACUGUUACUGUGUGAUUACAUACUGCACCACAGACAGGCGUUCUCUGACUGUUGUGCUCUGGAGCUGGGUGGAGGUGUUGGCCUUGUGAGCAUUGUAAUGGCCAAGGUAGCACAACACAUCUUCUGCACAGAUAUUGGUGAGAAUGUACUGACAACAUGUGAACAUAAUGUAGAGUUGAACAAAGUCAAUGAAAUGGGUCAGGAGAGUGGAGUUGCAAUACGGGAGUUAGACUGGAGCAAAGAUUCAUCAAAGUUUUCCUGGAGUACCUCAGAUGUGAAGCAUCUCAAUGAGAAAACAACAGUCAUGCUAGCAGCUGAUGUGAUAUAUGACAAUUCUCUAACAGAUGCAUUGUUUAACACAGUGAAGAGAUUAAUGUCUCAGCCACCUGCUAAAACCCUCUAUAUUGCAGUGGAGAAACGUCUCAAUUUUACAUUGACAGAUCUGGAGGUUGCAUGUCCAGCAUACACACAUUUCAUUCAACAGGUGGCAGCACUAACACAGGAGACAUCUGGGGUCAGAUAUACAUCAGAGGCUAUACCUAUAGACUUUCCACAAUAUUUUCACUACACAAGGACUAAAUAUUUGGAAUUAUGGAAAAUCCAGGCAGAGUUUGUGUCUUGAGGAU